AAAUGAGUUCUGGUUCUAAGCAAAAGUGACCAAUUUUAAACUUCUUUUUAACUUGAUUUGUGCCAUAUUUUUCUUUGUUUGGAGAUGGGUCCGAGAAUUCAAGUCUUUUUGUUAUUAGUUUACAUGCAAUGUAUAGCUGCGAAGACUGAUGAUGAAGAUUUGGCUGUUUUAAAUUCUCUCAAGGAUACAUGGGAUAACAUACCCCCGAGAUGGGUGGGUUCAGAUCCUUGUGGUGACAACUGGGAAGGAAUUGGAUGCAACAAUUCACGUGUGAUCUCUAUAAUUUUAACAAGCAUGGGAGUGGCAGGUACUCUGUCUACAGAUUUAACUAUCUUAUCAGAGUUGCAGAUUUUGGAUUUAUCCUACAACGAGGACCUGAGAGGAUCACUUCCAUCAUCAAUUGGUGAUUUGAAGAAUCUAACAAGUUUAAUCCUGGUGGGUUGCAGUUUUUCUGGCCAAAUUCCUGACUCUAUUGGAUCUCUACAGCAACUGGUCUUUCUGAGUUUAAACUCCAAUAACUUCAGUGGAGAGAUUCCACCUUCCAUUGGUAGACUAUCUAAACUUUAUUGGCUGGAUCUUGCUGAUAACCAACUUACAGGGCCAAUUCCAGUCUCUGAUGGAAUUUCAUCUGGUCUCGAUAUGCUAGUUCAAACAAAGCAUUUUCAUCUAGAGCAUAAUCUACUUUCAGGCACAAUCCCAAAUAAACUUUUCAGUUCAAACAUGGAACUGAUACAUGUGUUUUUCGAAGACAACAAACUAACAGGCAUUAUUCCUUCUACCCUUGGACUUGUGUUAACUCUGAGAGUUGUACGCUUUGAUAGGAAUAUCUUAAGUGGGUCUGUUCCUUCAAACCUUGAUGAUCUUGCAAGAGUUAAAACACUGUUUUUGUCCAAUAAUAAUUUGACUGGUCUAAUGCCUGAUCUCACUGGCAUGAACCUCCUCAGCUACUUGGACUUGAGUAAUAACACUUUCAAUGCUUCCGAUGUUCCUUCAUGGUUUUCAACCUUACAGUCCUUAACAACAUUAAUGAUGGUAAAUACUCAGCUUCAAGGUGUAGUUCCUUCUGACUUGUUCAGCCUUUCCCGUCUACAGACACUGGUUUUGAAAAGUAAUCAGCUUAAUGGCACCUUGGAUAUUGGUACUAGCUAUAGCAGCCAGUUGGAACUCGUUGAUUUGCAGAACAAUUUUAUUAUUGAUUUUACAGAAAGAGGAGCACCGGAUAAUGUUGACUUCAUACUUGCAGGUAACCCAAUGUGUCGAAGUGAAUUAAACAGUUCCUGCAUGGCACGCGGAAAAACUUUCAAUUAUUCAACUGCACUGAAGAACUGUCAACCCAUUUCCUGCAAUUCGGAUCAGAUUUCUAGCCCCAGAUGCAAAUGUGCAUACCCAUAUACAGGAACUCUAUCCUUUAGAGCUCCUACUUUUUCAUACUUGGGAAACUCAAGUUACUAUGUAUAUCUCGAGGCAUCUUUGAUGCAAUCUUUUGACUUGAAUCAGCUCCCUGUGGAUUCAGUUUCUCUUCAUAAUCCACGCAAGAAUUCGUUAGAGUACCUGGAAGUGAGCCUACAAGUAUUUCCAGCUAGUGAAGAGCGAUUCAAUAGAACAGGAAUUUCUAGGAUUGGAUUUGCUCUCAGCAACCAGACUUACAAGCCUUCAGAAAUUUUUGGACCUUACGUCUUCAUUGCUCAUCCAUAUCAGAACUUUUCUGAAUCAAAUAAUUCAGAAUCAAGCAAGCCAACAAGCAUUGGCAUUAUCAUUGGAGCAGCAGUCGGUGGUUUUGUCAUUUUGAUACUUUUACUCAUCGCCGGGGCUUAUGUUUAUCAUAGGAAGAGGAGUGCAGAGAUAGCAAAUCAACAGAACCCUUUUGUACACUUGGAGAUGAACAGAAGCAAUGGUGGCAUUCCUGACCUGAAAGAAGCAAGGCGCUUCUCUUUUCAGGAGCUUAGUGAAUACACAAACAAUUUUUCAGAAGCCAACAUUAUCGGAUCUGGGGGUUAUGGAAAGGUUUAUAAAGGAACUCUUCCCACAGGACAACUGAUUCCCAUAAAACGAGCUGAACAAGAAUCUGCACAAGGUUCACUAGAAUUCAAAACUGAGAUUGAGCUUCUGUCAAGAGUCCAUCAUAAGAAUAUUGUCAGCCUUCUGGGAUUUUGCUUCGAAGAAGGCAAACAAAUUCUGAUAUACAAGUAUAUUCCAAAAGGUUCUUUAAAGGAUAGUUUAUCAGGAAAGUCUGGAAUCACAUUGGAUUGGAUAACAAGACUAAAAAUAGCCCUUGGUGCAGCUAGAGGCCUAGCAUAUCUACAUGAAUUUGCCAAUCCUCCUAUUAUACAUAGAGAUGUCAAGUCAGCCAACAUAUUGCUGGAUGAACGCUUAAACGCAAAAGUUGCUGAUUUUGGUAUCUCAAAACCUGUUGAUAAUACCAGAAAGAGUCAUAUCACCACUCAAGUUAAAGGAACACCGGGUUAUGUAGAUCCUGAGUAUUACAGGACCGAUCUGUUGACAAAAAAAAGUGAUGUUUAUAGUUUUGGAGUGCUGAUGUUGGAACUAUUAACUGGAAGAGCACCGAUAAAGCGAGAAAUAAAGGUAGCAAAGGAUAAGGAUAAAGAUCUAUACAACCUUUAUGAAUUUCUUGACCCAACCAUUGGUUUGGAUACAACUAUUGAAGGUUUUGAAAAGUUUGUGGAUGUAGCAAUGAGGUGUGUGGAGGAAUCAGGAGAAAUAUUAAACCAUCUAUGUUGUACCAAAGAGGCACCAAUAAACUUUAACCAAACCAUCGAAUUUCCAAGUAUUUUAGGCUAUGUUCAGGUUUUGAUGUUUUCAUUUUUCAACCCAUGAAAUUCGUGAAAUAUGUGUUUGUUUAUGGUUUCUUGGAUUUGUUUUUAAAGAACAAAGAGUUGAGCUCACUCCAAAAUGAAAAGGUAGCUGACCUUUUGAAUAAAUUAAAAAUACAAUAAAUCCA